AUGAGUAAUAAUAACAACAAAGAGGAAGAACAACUUUUACAAGAUGCAUCAACUUUAUUAAUGUUUGCCAAUGUGGCAGCUAAACAACAGCAAGAACAGCUUGGAAAUAAGGCGUCGCCAACACCGCCACCAUCACAAAUGCCAGUGCCGACGUUUCAAUCGAAUCCACAAUCUCAGCAUCUGUCAAUAUCCCCUCCGAGUCUGUUUCAGCCUUUAAGGACGCCACAACAGCCUUUCAGACAACAGCUUCAACUGCCGUUACAGCAACAGCAACCGCUUCAUCAUAUACAAUCACAGCAUCAUAUAAAUAAUGAUAAUAAUUCACCGCAGACGGACAAAAAGAUACAGGAGAGGUUUAAAUUACAGCAGACGUACAUAACAUCUGGAGGCAAAAUAACUCCACCUUCACAAACAAAGUCAUUACCUGAAUCAUCUAGAUCGUCCAUUUCAGAAAAUGCAACUACAAUGAAACCAAUGGAUCCAACUCAACAGCAUGAACGGGGGAUACCAGGGCACAGCAAUUUUAUUCAACAAGGACAUAAACGCUCGUUGUCUUCUCCAGGAAUGGAAGCUACUUCAAUAUCUCAAAGCCCACCUGUGUUGAAUAACCAAUCGCCAGGGCCUGCAAGCGUUGCUUUGUCAAGAGGCAUUAAUAUCGAAAGCGGUAAGCGAAAUAAUAAUAAUGCGAUGAUCGCUGCUGCUGCGCUAGCUGCUGCUGCUGAUAUCCCUUUACCGUUAAUUAAAAAAAAUGAAGAAGCUUUGAAAGAUCAAAAUGAAUUUCAGCCAGAAAAAUCAUCAGUUGACGCUUCGUCGCUGGUGAAGGAUGAAAUUAUAAUUGACAACCGCGUAGACGAAUCAGUAAUGACAGAGCCCGAGGAAGAAGAUAUAAAUGAAACAGACGAUGAACCGCAGUCAAAAUUAAAUACAAAUAUUAAAUCGCCGGAUACAAGCAAUAAGGCGGAAGAGGUAGUUCAAGAUAAAGAAGGGGUAGACGAAGAGAAACUACCUCCAUUACCAUCACAAGCAGUUUUUUCCGCUACGCCAAAUGAAAUCAAUAGUAAAUUAUUGGAGACAACUGCACCGACUGAAGCUAUCACUUCUACUAGAGUACAAUUCAAGCCUCCGCCUUUGUCAUCUUAUCAAGUUGAUCCAGACUCAGGACUUAUAGGAUGUAUAUGUGGUAUUGAAGAUGAUGAUGGAUUUACUAUCCAAUGUGAUGUGUGUUUUCGCUGGCAACAUUGUUUAUGCAUGGAUUUUGGAACUAACGAUGAAGUUCCUGAAGAUGAGUAUAAAUGUUAUUACUGUGACGAAGCAAAAUGGGGAAAGUUCAAUGCCAACCAUUGUAGGGCAAGUACCUUAAGGAGAUUGGAACUCGAAAAACUAUCUGAUAAGAAUGAACAAACUGAAGAUGCUAAGCCAUCGAACAAGAGAAAGCAUCUGAGCACUGAUCCUAAAAAUGAUGACAAAAAGAAGCGAAAAACAUCGGAGAAACAUAACGGCACGAACCAAGAAAAGAUCAAUGAAAACAAACCAGUUACGAAACUUGAAACUAACAAUUAUACUGAUAGGACUAUAAGCUCUGCCACCGAUUUUUUACCGAAUAAGAGUAAUGAAUUACUAGAUAAUGGAAUAUCAGCAGAACAAUACCAAUCGGUAUAUUAUAAAUUGAAGGCCAAUGAUUAUAAGAAAACUACCGUUAAAGCUUUCCUUGAAAGAGCUGGUACCCUAUUCUAUAACAAAUUCAGUCAAUUAAGCAAAAAUGAACAAGAUUCUUUUAUUCCACAAGUCAUGACAUCUAAUGAAUUUAAGAAUUUGAAAUUUAGCAGUAUAAUAUUACCAAAUCAAGAUGCAUAUCUACGUGAGAAUAAGGAGUUGCGUAAAAAGCCAAAAAAUUGUAAUGGAACUUCUAUUCAAGUCAAACUAUAUGCAGAAAAUCAGAAACAAAAAUUUAAUGGUAUAACGAGGUCAGGCUUGUUUAUAACUGAUAAGGACUUGAAAUAUGAAAAAGAAAUAAUCGUUCCUCAAGAAACACCUAUAAUUGAAUACUUAGGGGAAAUUGAUUUGUUUGAUAAUUACGUAAAUGACCAAGUAAACCAAUAUUCGGCCUUUGGAACUCCUAAACCGAAAGUGCUUAAGGUUGAUUUAAAUAUAUUCUCAGCUGACGAUAACGAUAAGUCUUUAGAAAUUGUGUCUGAUUCCAGGUUUGUUGGUAAUGAAUCGAGAUUUAUAAGAAAAGCAUGCCCAGCGACAAGCAAUUGUAAAAUUAAGCCAAUUUACAUUCCCGAAACUAAUACUUUUAGGCUUUUAGUUGUCACAUCUAAACCAAUUAUUUUAUCUUCCAACACUAAUGAAGAGGAACUAAGACUAGAUUGGGAAUGGGAUCGCCUUCACCCAAUAAGGAAAAUGUAUGCCACUAAGAAAACGAACAGUGAAGAACUUACGGAACCACUAAAGUUUGACCAAUUUUCGGACCAGGAUAAGGCAUAUUUGAUUACAUCCAUUGAUCAUAUACUUCAUUUUGUUGAAUGUGGAUGCUGUACUGCUAGUUCUGGGAUAAUACAAAAUGGAUGUGCGAUAUUUAAAGUAAAAAAGGCAACGUCCUAUCUUUUAAGAUCUACAAGAAAAGCAUCUAAUAUAAGUAACAUUAAUCUUUCGAAGUCUCGCGAAGAGUUAAUUAUUCCAAAGAAACAAAGAAAUUUUAUAUCCUGGGAAGAAAGGUUAAUAGAGAGGGAUAGGAUUAUUCAAAUGGAUUUACAUGUCACUACCAAUGAAAGUAGUGCUGAUUCAACUGAUGGUAACAAUCUUGAAAAUAAUCAAGAAUCUAAUGAAGAAAAUCGUACUUCGAACCAAAAACAUGAUACUAAUAUUUCCAUUGAAGAUUCAAAGGUUUCAGAGGAAUCUCUUCCUCUUUUUUUCACGCUUCCAUUUAAGCAGCAGUUAAUUGCGAAAGGUAGAAGAUUGAUAAAAGAAGUUGAAUGCGAUGAAAUGAAACAUGACAGCAAUACAAAUACUGCAGAGGAGAAAAAUGGAAUUGAUAAACAGUCUGAAUUUUUGUCUAUUUCGGUUCCUGUUGUGCCUGAAUUAGUUGUUCAAAUACGUCAAAGCCUUGACAAAGAAAUUGAACCAAUAAACGAAAUUAAGAGCACGGAUGAUGUUGAAACGGUAGAAACCAGUAACAAUGUCAAAGUAGAACCUACGCUCUCUAAAUCGAAUAACUCGCUGUUUGUUACGUUAAAUUCAGCAAUAACUCCAACGCAAUCCGCUGGUACCAAUAAAGUUGAAAAUUCAGUAGCUUCGGUUGCUGAAGGUUCUACAGAAGAGAAAACGGUUGAAGCACCACCGCCUACGGUCAAAAAAUUAUCAUUUGCCGAUUAUAAAAAGAAAAUGAAAUAG